AUGGCUACACAACUUGUGACUUCUGGUGAUAAUAUUGAUGUAGCAUUAGAGCUUUUUGAAAAAGGAAUUGCCAAAGAAUCCAUCGGGAAGUUUAGCGAUGCCAUAUUAUUGUACCGAGAGGCAUUCAAACUUAAUGAGAAAGUAGAUAAGGUGUACAGAAAUAGGCUACUGAUGCAAAAGGAUCACGAUCAUUCCAAUGAUCUGCCUUUGAUGAGGAACCCUGAGUUGUUAGGACAAAAGCUCAACAGGCUCCUGUUGACGGAUGAUGGUGAAACAUCAGUGUCACAAGUACGACAUGAUGAUGGGGAGCCUACAAAUGACCAAGAAGGGGCCGAGGUUGAAGGAUGUCCACUAUUAGAACUAUUAACAGAUGAUGUUUUGAUCCAUAUAUUGAAAUAUUUGGCAAUGGCUAGGGCACCAGACUGGGUUAGUCUUGCACGGUCUAAUAAACGAUUGGCACAUCUUGGAUUUGAUACUUCCUCCUUAUGGCGAGACCUAUCCUUGGAUAUUUAUUCAACUGUAUACCCAUCAAUAUCAAAGAAAGAGAUCGAGUUCCAAUCACACAAUAUUUACAAAGGUUGGAAGGACAUGUAUUUUAAGAAGCCAUUUCUUAAAUUUGGCGGUGUUUAUAUUAGUAUCUGCACAUAUUUGAGGGAAGGAAGCUCUGCCCACUCAUUGUCAUGGACGAAUCCAAUCCAUAUCAUUACAUAUUAUCGUUAUUUGCGCUUUUUUAAGUCAGGCACAUGUUUGAGGUUGCUUACUAUUGCUGAACCUCACGAGGUUGUGCCGAAAUUCACCAAGGAUUGGAAAGAAAAUGGUUUGAAGGAUGUUUUCAAUGGAUUCUGGACCCUUGAAGAAGAUGGGAAACUUACAAUAGAAGGUGAAGGUGUAGUUAAAGACUGCCAAUUCACUCAGGAGUUACGUGUCAGUGGUAGAAGGCAUAAUCAAUUGAAGUGGAUUAGCUCUUAUUGUAUCAAUGCAGAAAAUGUCCAAACAUUUUUCUCUCUUAGCAAAGAAAAAUGGUUUGCUUUUUCUCGAGUGAAGAGUUGGCCGAUUGAGUAG